GCGGUGCGUACGUGCGUGCGUGCGUGCGUGCCUGCGUUCUGACGGAGCCGGUGCGCCGGUAGACUCUCAGUGCUGUACUAUGGACCUGCGGAGCAGCGCUGAGACAGAGCCAGAUCUCUCCGUCGCGACGGAGCUGCAGUGCAGGAAGCAGGAGCAGGAGAAGCUCUCGGGGGUGGUGAAGAGCGUGCACCGAAAGCUCCGCAGGAAAUACAUUGAAGUGGGAGAUUUCGAGAAAAUAUGGCGUGAACAUUGUGAAGACGAGCAGACUCUUAGCGAAUAUGCCAUGGCCAUGAAGAACUUAGCUGACAACCACUGGGCGAAUAAAUGCGAGGGCGAGGGGCGCAUCGAGUGGUGCCGCAGUGUUUGCCAGGAGUACUUCCAUGAUGGAGGGAUGAGGCGAGUGUUGGAGAAGGAUGAGAAAAGCGCUAGGCAUGCCGCAGCUGGGAAUAACACAUCCGCAGACUCUCCAACACAAUCAUCCUCUUCAAGCAGCUCAAUGUUCCAGCUUGGGAGGAUACGACUGCUGGAUGUGGGUAGCUGUUUCAAUCCCUUCCUGAAGUUUGAUGAGUUUCUGACUGUUGGGAUCGACAUUGUGCCAGCAGUAGAGAGUGUCUACAAAUGCGACUUUCUGAACCUGCAGCUGCAGCAGCCUCUGCAGCUGGCCAGCGACGCCUUGGAUGCCUUCCUGCGGCAGCUGCACGGCCCCAUCGACGCUUUACCUGCCCAGUUAUUUCAUGUAGUAGUCUUCUCCCUGCUUCUCUCCUACUUCCCCUCGCCCUACCAGCGCUGGCUCUGCUGCAAGAAAGCACAUGAACUCCUGACCCUGAACGGCCUGCUCCUCAUCAUCACUCCUGACUCCUCCCACCAGGGCCGGCACGCACUUAUGAUGCGCAGCUGGCGAGUUGCAGUGGAGUCUCUGGGCUUCAAGCGCUACAAGUACGUCAAGUUCUCCCACAUGCACCUGAUUGCUUUCCGCAAGGAGUCGCCCACCACCAGCAGCGACCUGGUCAGCCGCAACUACCCGGAGAUGCUUUACAUCCCGCAGGAUUUUAACACACUCGAUGAGGACGGAUUCACAGAUUGCUACGAACCUCCGCGCUCUGAUUUCGAGGACGAGCAGUUGGCUUAUAGCUUCGGAGAACUGCCAGACACACCGUACGAUUCGGACUCGGGCGAGAGCCAGAGCAGCUCGGCUCCCUUCCACGAGCUGGAAGACCCUAUUUUGCUGCAGAGCUGAACUUGUUUACUGCCCCUCUUGAUAUUUAGUACCCUAUUUUCACGCUGCCAAAAUUGCUCUGCUGCGUUUGUUUACUCGACCCCUUUUUAAGAAGCAAAAAGUUUGCACAGAGUGAAUGAGGACGUUUAAGUGGGCGUUGAUAUUUUUUUUUUUAAAGAGUGUGCAAGACAUCAUUUUGAACACAAAUGCACACACCAAACAAUCUUAAAUAAGAAAUAGAAGUGGUUUUGUAACAGAAGAAGCUGAGCGAUUUCAAGUCGCCGUUUUGACCGUUUUCUCAUUUUUAGAAUGACUGGAUAAACCUUUUCAGACUAGCUUAACUUAUACCUUAGUCAUAGUUAUUAUCAAUGUCAAAAGAUCCAACCUUCAGUUGCCAUACUGUUUUGGACUUUUUCAGCUGAAUUUCGUAAAAAUAUAGUUUGUCUGAAAAUGCGUUUCAAGCCUGAAUGAUGGCCGUCUUCACUGAAAUGCAUAUAUUUCGAAAAAUGCCUCGGUGUAAUUUUUUGUCAUUCAAUGUAACUUUCCGUAACAAUGAAACUUAGUGGAGUCCAAAAAGAUGUUGUUUUGAACCCCGUCGAGUUUUAUUGUUACUAAAAGUGACACUGAAAUGAAAGUUACAAUGAAAGUCCAUUGUAAGAACAAAAAUAGUUCAACAUUAAUGUAAAAAGGAAUUAAUACACAUUUGGAACAUGGUGGUGAAUAAUAUUUCGACUUUUGCGCGAACUAUCCAAUGAAUGGUUCGAUUCUUAGCAGGUUUUCACUGGACAUUUUAGAUGGCAAUUUCCGCCAUCUGUUCUCUACUGACUUUUUAGAGUAGCCUUUAUCAAUGAUAUUUGUAGCAUUUUUAGUAUCUGCAGAACUUGUGCGUGUUUGGUAAUGUGACAUUGUAACUGUGAAUGUGGAUUUCUCGCUUCAACAAGGUACAUAUCACGCAGAGUAGUCCUAGUUUUUCCGAACAAACAAUCUGGCAAGUGACUGGAUUGGAUGCAUGCGAUCAAACGGCCUGAAAGUAGCUGCGCGUCUGCCUUCGUUUUUGUUUUAACCACUAAUAUAACUAGUAAUAUCCGAUUACUUGUCAGCAGUAUGUAGUAUGGAACAGAUUUCUCUGCAUUUCGCCAUAAUGUGACUUUAUUGAGUAGGAUGAUUGUUUACUCUUGACUGUUUACUCUCGAAACCUUUGGUUGGUCUAAAUCUACUUCCUGUAUCGUUGUCUCGUUUUCAGUACAAUAGUUUAGUUUCCCGCUAUCAAUUACAAAAUAAAGCUUUUAAGGUACAAAAGUUUGAAAAGUACUCUGCCAAUUGUUGAUUUAAAAGUACUACAAUAAGAUUGUUGCGUAUGACUGUACCUUUUUUAGCUUCUAUGUAUCUAACUUUGAAUCUUUUUUAUUCAAUCCAGCUUCUUAAAAACACUAUUUUGACUGUCCAAGCACAUAUUUGCACGUUUUCGGUAACACCCUUCGUAGGGUAGGCAAAAUAUCGAAAUUGGCAUCAGCACUUCAUUAGGAUAGCAAUACGUUCAUAAUCAUAAACGGUCAAAGAUUCCCCAUAUCACUGUAACCUGGCAGUUAUAUUGAGUAACUGUAUAUUAGGCACUGUUUUCUAUUCUACUGUGAUGGGUCUUUACUCUUGAAGGAGUGUGUGAGAUGUACACUGGGGUUUUGGUUGAAGUAUCUAUGGGAGAUUUUGGUGUUAGGCACUUUAAAUGUGUUUUGGGGUGCCAAAAAUAAGUGUGGUAAGAUUUGAACCCGGUGAUAGAACUCAGUAUGUGAUCUUUCAGGGUAUCAGGAAAAAAAAAAAUCCUCAUCAAGGUGCCUUCAAACCCAAAUUGUAUUUUUGCAUUUGUGAUUCUAUAGACUGGAUUCAAGAACAGACUACUGAUUGUCAUAAGAAAGUGCGAUAAUUUCUCUCCCACAGUAAAUGGUUACAGUACAUACUUUCAGCAAAUUAACCAGCUCUUGAAAAAAUAAAAUAAAACAAAAGACUGAAGUACGGCCCUGUUAGCAAUAGCAGUUAAAUGCAUUCUUUAGCCUGUACUCGAUUUAUAAAUAUAAUUAAAAAAAAAGACAUUCUUAAAGGAUAAAAAAAAGCUUUGUAUUACAUUGUUUACUUGGUGGUGUGUUCAGAUAUUCACAUGUCAUAUGUCUUUGUCUUCCCCAGGCUCUGAUCCACUGUUUGCAUGAUUGAUUUUUGAUCUUUAUCAGUGUUAUGAUGGUUGACUCUCACAUAACUGGACUGUUUGUGAGGAAUAUUGUUAUUCAUCUUUGAUAUUAAUAAAGGGUUUUUUGUUGCCUUC